AUGAGUGUUGAAAUUUCAUCGAUUGAUCACUUUCAAGAAAUCUUACAAAAAGACAAUGAACAAGCCCUUAUACUUAAUUUCUAUGCUCCUUGGGCUGCUCCCUGCCAACAAAUGAACCAGGUUUUCGAUCAAUUUGCCAAAGAUACCCAGGAGGCUACAUUCUUGAAAAUUGAAGCUGAAAAGUUCUCUGACAUCGCCGAAUCUUUUGAUAUUACGGCGGUUCCAUUAUUUGUUUUAAUUCACGGUCAAAAGGUCCUUGCUCGUAUUUCGGGUGCCAAUCCCCAGAAACUCAAAUCCGCCAUCGACGAGUAUAUUCGUCCUAUCAUCCAACAGUCUUCUGCUACACCCUCUUCCAACGGCCCAGACGUCAACGUUGGCUCUGUCCAAACAAACGCCGUCUCUUCUGGUGCUAGUGGCGCAAAGGCCGCUAACGGUUUGGAUGUCGAAACGGAUAACCGUUUACGCACCCUUACAAGCGCCCACGACAUAAUGCUCUUCAUGAAAGGAACUCCUUCCGAACCUGCUUGCGGAUUUAGCCGUAAAUUGGUUGGUAUGCUCCGUGAAAGAAAUGUCCAGUAUGGUUUCUUCAACAUUUUGGCCGACGAUGCCGUUCGUCAAAGCUUAAAGGCUUUUUCUGACUGGCCUACCUUUCCUCAACUCUACAUCAAAGGUGAAUUUGUUGGUGGUUUGGACGUUGUAGCCGAAAUGAUGGAAACUGGUGAAUUUCAAGAAAUGCUCGCUUAA